GCGACAAAGCGAAGGAUACCGAAAGCACUAAGGAGGACCUGAUAUGAUGUGACACCUGGAAAGCUAAAUCGAGUGCAGAAUAGUCGAUCAGGACCUUGAGCGUUUCAUAGCGCCGCCAUGGUGUUACGGAGGAUCCUGUACGCGCUGAUAAACAACGCGCAGCUCGUGGAACGCCUAGCCGAGUCGCGGCCCAUCCGGCGCGCGGCGCAGCUCACCGCCUUCGCCAUCACGCGCGCGCAGAUCGCCGGGAAGGACGCCGCGCGACAGAUUCGCGCAGGCGAGCUGAGUGAGAGAGGCGCGAGAGUCCGGGACAGUUUCCUGAAGGAGGUGAAGCAGGGCAUGAAGGCCGCGUCCGAGCAGAUUAAAAACAAGAAAUGAUCGACUGGGUGUGGAUUUAACACUGACUGAACCACUUCCUCUGUUGUAAAUAAUCUUAAAAGUCUGUUUAGAGUGUGUGUUACAUAUUUACCACAUGUUUAACACGCAUGUCUUUUGUUUCCUGGGUUUCUUCCAGCUGUUAUUCCUGAUUUUCUGUACAAAUUCUGGACCUUAUUCUCACCACAACAGGGACAUGUUUUAUUUUUGUUUGUUUGUUUGUUGCAUCCCAGACAGGGUUGCCGGAUGCAAGGAACACUUGAAUAAAAUGAAAGUUAAAAAAAAAAACUGAAAAAUG